CAGGAAGUGAGCGUGGGUCCGGGGGUGGAUCAGCCCUGCCCCUGCUCCAGCAGCUCCUUUGGAAUGGAGGCGAUCGAGGCCAUGGCUGCUCUGUGCAUGAAGGACCCGGAGGAGGAGGAGGAGGGGGGGGAUGAAGCCGGGCUCAUGGUGAGGAAUCCUCAUCCCAGGAAGGGGUUUUCCCGCUUGGAAGCCGCUAAAGGGGCUCCUGGUGCUCCCCAGGCUGAGCUGCGGGAGGUGCUGGGCAGCGGGGACACAGCGGGGCCUGCAGCCAAGGCACCGGUGGCAGUUCCAGAGCUCGGGAACACCGAGGCCCUGCUGCGGGAGCGGGCGGCUCUGUACCGGGAGGCCAUUGCCAGCACCGGGCCCGGGCCCCGCCUGCGGCGCUUCCAGAGGGGCCUCAAGACACUGGAGGCGAUGCUGGAAUGCGUCAGGAAGGGAAAACCCAUCCAGGAGGAGGAGAUUCCCCCUCCGGUGGCGCUGGGGAAGGCUCCGGGUCCCCCCCCCGAGGAGGCUUCCAGGCCGGAUGCGGCUGCAUCGCAACGGAUCCAGGAGCUGCGGGGCCGCCAGCACCAGUACAAGGUCCUGGCUCUCCAGGCCAAGCGCCGUGGGGACACGGCCACGGCCACCAAGUGCUACCGGGAGGCAAAGAGGCUCGAUGCUCUCCUGGAUGCUGCAGCCAAGGGGCAGCCGCUGGAGCCCAGCCUCGUGCCGCUGCCUCCCGAUCCGCUCCCCGAGGAGCCGGAGCCGGAACCCACUGCGGAGCCAGAGGCUGAACCAGCUCCUCCUUCCAGUGCAGGCUCCGGGGCCGUGCUCCCAGCGCUGCAGCUCCGGAUGCGCCGCUAUGAGGAAGCGGCGGCGGCGGCCGGGAUGCGGGGGGAUGCGCGCAAGGCCCGGAUGCACGAGCGCAUCGUGAAGCAAUACCAAGCUGCCAUCCGUGCCCACACCGCCGGGAAAGCCGUGGAUCUCUCGGAGCUUCCCGUUCCCCCAGGGUUCCAGCCCAUCCAGGGCACGGAUGCGGGCGGGGAGCGGAGCCUGGCGGCGGUGCUGGAGCAGGCGCUGAUGCUCGUGGGGCAGGAGGAGGCAGAGGGGGAGGAUGGAGCCGAGGAGGCGCCGAUCCCAGUGCAGAUCCCAGUCCGGGGAUGCAACCGGAGCAGGCGCCAAAGCCGGGAGCAGAGGUACCGGGAGCAGAGGUACCGGGGGCAGAGGUACCGGGAGCAGAGGUACCGGGGGCGGCACCGGGGGGAGCAGGGCUGGGGAUGGAGCAAAGGGGGGUCCCCACCGCGCUCCUCUCCUCCCCCCCCAGCCCAGCAGCAGCUUCGGUUCCUGCAGUCCCGGCGGGAGCAGCUCCUGGAGGCUGCGCUGGGCUCCAAGCGCCGCGGGGACCUGGAGGGGGCGAAGCUGCUCCUGCGCCGGGCCAAGGCUCUGGAGCCAGCGCUGGAGGCCUCGCGCCGGGGCCUCCCCGUGGACAUCAGCAAGGUACCGGAGGCUCCAGGAUUCCCGGAGCUUUUCCUGCUGGAGCCGCGCUCCGGUGCCAGGAUCCCGCCGGAAGCGGCCGCGCAGUUCCUGGAGCUGCUGCGGCUGCUGCGGCGCCAGCACGAGAUCUGCCUCAGCCACUCCAAGCAAUUCGCUCAGCUGGGAAACCUCACCGAGACGACCAAGUUCGAGGCGCUGGCCCGGGAAUGCCGCCGGAGCCUGGAGCUGCUCCAACGGGCUCACGCUGCCGGCGGCCCGGUGCCGCGGCACCACCGGGAGCAGCGAACCUUCACCACCAUCAGGAGCUUCCCGGAGCUGAGCCCCAGCGACCUGGAGCUGGCCAUAGUGAAGGGGAUGAACCUCCCGGCGCCGCAGGGUUUGGCUCCCAAGGACCUGGACACGUCGGUGCGGUUCGAGUUCCCGCAUCCCAGCGCGGAGGAGCCCCAGCGGGACAAAACGGCCACUGUGAAGAGCACCGAUUGUCCCGAGUUCCGGGAGCGGUUCCGGCUCCGGCUGCUCCGGGGGCACCGGGGGCUGCGCCGGGUCCUGCGCUCCAAAGGCAUCAAGUUCGAGGUGACCCACAAGGGGGGCCUCUUCAAGCCUGACCGCGUCUUGGGCUCGGCCUCGCUGCGCUUGGAUGCGCUGGAGACCACGUGCGAGGUGCGGGAGGUGCUGGAGCUCCUGGACGGGCGGCGCCGCACCGGUGGGACCCUGGAGGUGCUGGUGCGGCUGCAGGAGCCGCUGGGAGCGCCGGAGCUGCGUCCCCGCACCGAGCCCUGGCUGGUGAUCCCCGCACCGGGAAGCGCCGGGAAUGGCCGGGAGCAGCCCCGGGAGCAGCACCGGGAGCAGCACCGGGAGCAGCACCGGGAGCAGCACCGGGAACAGCACCGGGAGCAGCCCCGGGAGCAGCACCGGGAGCAGCACCGGGAAGCGCCGGGAAUGGCCGGGAGCAGCCCCGGGAGCAGCACCGGGAGCAGCACCGGGAGCAGCACCGGGAGCAGCACCGGGAGCAGCACCGGGAGCAGCACCGGGAGCAGGCAAGUGCAGGAUGUGACCGGUCCCUGUGACCCCCGUCCCUUCCCCUCUGACCCCUCCGGCGCCCCCAUCCCUGUGCUGGUGCUGGGGGCACUGAGGGCUGGAGGGAUGAGACCCCCCCCCAGCACCCAUGGGACCCCCCUUGACACCCCCUUCCCGCAGGACGCGCCCAAGGAGCUGCUUUGCAAGAGGAACCUGAUGCAGAACGAGGCGAAAAACGCGGGUUUUGGUCAAUCCACCCCCCCCCAAGCCUGGGCAGCAUCUCCCCGUCGCCAUGGCAACGGCUCCUCCACCCCGCGGCUGCCUCGUCUCCAUGGCAACCGCGCCCAGAGCGGACGGGCGGGAGGCCGAGCCAAUCGCUGCGAGCGCGCCGCGGGCCCUGCGUCCCCAUUGGUCCGCGCCUUGGGGAUUGACGGCAGCGCCGGGCCAACGGGAUCGGAGGCGGCAGCCUCGCUGGGCCAGCUUGCCCAAUGA